AGCAUUUACAUAUUAAUUUAUGAAAGAAUUUGAUUUUGUGCUGCUUCUCAACAUAAACAGCAGCAGCAGCUGCUGCAUUGAUAAUUACUGAAGAUAGUUGUCACACAGAAACAUAAAAAUGGCAGAAUCAGCAAGCAAUCCUUCACCCACUGGGGAUGAAGAUAUGAUGCAUCCAGUUCUACCAACAGUUGAAAGUGAAGACGAUGGACGGAGGAGUAGACCAAGUAGUGCAACACAGGGGGAUACAAGUACUUUGCUGAGAAAUAUUGGAGAAGGACUCGCAAGAGUUGAUACAGAAUCAGAAGAUGAAAUGGGAAGUGAAGAUGGAGAGCAUGAUAUUGGAUCAGGUGAUGAGAGAGAAGAUAUAGAGACUGAUUUAGUUGUUCUUGAUCCUGAUCAUCCCUUGAUGAAAAGAUUCCAAGCUGCAUUGAAAACUCAACUUGCAAAACAACUUGAGAAAGCUAAAUUAGAGAAAAAGGAAUUGAUGGAUGAAGUGAAACGAAAAAAGACAAAACGAGAAGAGGUCGGUGUCACUCUGUAUGGAGUUCAACAAGAACUUGCGCGACAACAAGUCAAUCUUGAAUCUCUCCGUGACAAAAAAACUUCUGCAAAUGAAAGAAGGAGAGACCAUGAACAACAGUUAUCUAAGUUGAGAGACGUUUAUAAGGGAGUGCAGUCUCAAGCUGGAUCACAUAGAAAGAAAAAUUCAGAACUGCAAACGGAAGUAGAAAACCUGGCCACCCGAUUGUUUUAUAUGAAAAGAGCAAAAGAAGAUGUGCAAUCUGACAUUUCUGUCAUGAAACGUGCAGCUGAGAAAGCUGAAGUUGAAAUCUCCCAAUCUGAAGUGGACAAAAAGAGACAGGAUUUGUACAUUGAUCGCCUGACAGAACGUGUUGAACAACUUCGUGAAAUGAUAGCAAUGUACGAAGCACAACAAUCUGCUCAAUCUCAAGAAACAAAAGCUGCAAAGGAAGCUUUAAGUGAAGCAAGAACUGAGAUCGAAGCUAUUGACAUGGAAAAGAAACAAUUAUAUCAACAAUGGACUUCUAGUUUAAUCGGUAUGAAGAGAAGAGAUGAAGCUCAUGCUGCUAUGCAAGAAGCUCUUAGCUUGGCAAAACAACAAGUCAAAUCACACUUAACUGAGAUUGAUGGAUACAAGAAAUCAAUUCAAAAAGAAGAGGAAAAAAAUGAGACAUUGACAAUGGUCUUAAACAAAGCAGAAAAUGACAUCAGCGUCACUAAAAAACUAAUUUCACAAAGUUUGGCAAAACAAGAAAACACAAAACAACAAUACAGCACAUACAGCAGAACUCUGCAUGAAACAGAACAAGCUGUCAAUAGAGCUAAUACUGAGCGAUCUAUGAGACUGAGUGAAAUUAACGUGUUGAGAAAACAAAUUGAAAGAGAAUACAGAGAAAAAGUGAAACUUGAAGAUUUAAUCAUGACGAAACUGCAACAACAAUUAACUGCCGAUAAAGCAAGUGUGUAUACGACAAAAGUUACAACAGAAAUCAGAGAUAGAAAAAAGGCUUUGGAUGCGGAUUAUGCAAAGGUUGAAAAUGAAAUUGCCCAAUGUAACCGGCAGAAAGCCGAUUAUGAGGCACGAACCACAGAACUUCAAAAACAACUUGACGAAUUGGAAAAACAUAUUGUAUCAAGCAAUGAGCUGAUAAAUCGUGCAGAACAUGAUGCAAGCAAGAGAAAUGCUGUUAUUGAAAGAAAACAGACAAUUAUUGAUCAAUAUAAUAAGAAAUUGGAACAAAUUGUGAUGAGCAGUGGAGGAGAAGAAAUUGGCCCGUUACAGACGCAAAUCAAUUCAUUGAAUAAACAAAUAGAGUCAAUGGGUGGAGAAAUCACAGAUUUGCAACAGUUUUGGCUUCGACAACAACAUGAAUUGGUUAGUCUAAGCAAGGAAAGAGAUCAACAACAAACUGAUGUUGAAACAUUGAAAAAACAACACACUAUAUUACUGCAAAAGAAAUUGAGAAUUGAAGGUGAAAUUGAUCAACAAGUAGCAGAACAGAAUGAAAUUGAUCGAUCAAUCAGAAACAUGCAAAACAGGAUGACAAAAUUGAACACUCUCCUCACUCGAGAGAGAGGAAUUGAAGAGAAUUUAGAACAAGGAAAUAAACUCACUGAGAAUGAGUUUGUGCAAGGGUUAAAGGAAGCUGAGCUUGAAUCAAUACAGAUGCAGAAGGAAUUAGAUGGUUUGAAGGAAGAAAAAGAAAGAUUGUUGAAUAGUUUGGUCGAAGCUGAACGCCAGAUUAUGCUUUGGGAAAAGAAGACUCAACUUGCAAAAGAAACUAGAGCUGCUGUUGAUUCCGAAGUUGGCCAGAGUGAAAUUAAAGCGAUGAAAGCUGAGAUUCAUCGCAUGCAGGUACGUUAUACUCAACUCAUGAAACAACAAGAACAAAUGAUUCGUGAGAUGGAGCAAGUUGUAUCGAGAAGAGAUACUAUAGUCACUCGAGGAGAGGCUCAAUCUAAAAUUGACAAGAAAACGCCAACCAAAGGAGCAUUCCAGAAGAAAUUGGUUGAAAUCAAAAAGAAAAUCAAGAACACACAAAGGGAUGCAAAUGCAUGUGAUGAAGAUAUAAGACAAUUGAGAGAAAAUCAAGCAGAAGUCAGUAGAAGUUUAGAAGAAAAACAAAUCACUGUACAGCAGUUACAAGGAAAUGUUGAUACUUUGGAAGGAGAUGUCGAACAUUUGGCAGAAUUGAAACAGAAGAACUUGUUUAAUAUUGUUGAGAAACAAUCAAAACUCAAAUAUCUUCAAUCUGUGAAAGGAGGAAAAUACUCAUCUCUUUGUAAAACGGAUGAAGCGUUAGAAGCUGAGAUGCAAAAACAAGAUGAUAGGCUUCAUCACACGAUGAAUAUAUUGGAUAGAUUAAGCCAGGAAUAUCCACAGGCACAACAGACAAUGAGACGAAUUAUGGUUUGUUUUGGUCCAAGAGAAGAUGAAACUUAAACCUGAUAUUCGUUCUAAAAGAAAUAAAUUGAUGUUUCUAUUUAUGUAAAUAUAUAUUUUUAAUUUCA